UUGUAAGCCUAUUUAUUUAAUAUAAUUGUAAUGGGUUAUAUAUUAUUAUUUUGUUUACUUGUAUAGCUUAUAAUUGAAUCCUUAAAGUAUAUUUACUGAAUGAUGAACCUUGUAUUGUUUUAAUUUAAAUGGCAACAUUGUAAUUUAUGUUUGAAUCAAGCUGAUUCCUCUAAUAUUCAUAAACAUACUUAAAUUGUCAAUUAUAAUUGUAAUAAAUCUUAUAAUGAAUAUUGAUAUUGUAAUUGCUUUUGUAUAAGUAGUAAAAGUAGCAAAAAGGAAAAUUAAAACAAAUGGUAAGUUUAAUUAACUGAUUUAUUGCUCAAAAAAACAAUGAAAAUAUGUCUACAGUUUUAACAAAUAGAAUAACUAAUAUAAAAAUAGUUUUAGAAUACAUUUAUAAGCAAUGUUUAAAAUAAGACGGUAGUUUGACUCGUUGGACAACCGGAUGGAGAUAGGCUCGACGAGUCGUGGUGUGCGCGAGUGAUGAAGCGUUGUAAAAAGUGGUAAAAAAAAUAUAUACACGGCACCGAAAGACUGUUACAAGUAGUUUUAUUUCCAGCAACUUAUGUUCCCGGGAGUGACCCUAAUAACUUCAGAAGCGGAAUCGGCGAAAUCAAUUAUUGCUUUCGAUCUACGCCCACCAAGAUUAACUUUCAGCUUACAAUGGAACGUAAGACUGAUGCUAAUAGAGAUCCAGAGGUGCCCAGGUAUGAGGGCCAAGGUCAGAACCGAAGUGAGCCUAGGUACGAGGGCCAGAGUCGUGAUCGAAGUCGGCUCAGGUGUGAGAGCCAGGAUCGAGACAUGAGUGUGCCCAGGUACGAAAGCCAGGUUCGAAACUUAAGUGCGCCCAGGUAUGAGGGCCAAGGUCAAGACCGAAACGUGUCUGAGUACGAGGCCCAAGGUCGAGAUCAAAGUCGGCUCAGGUGUGAGAGCCAGGAUCGACACCGUAGUGCGCCCAAGUAUGAAGGACAGGUAAGAACACAGAGGAUGACAUGUUCAGAACAACCAGGAAUAUCCCGGGUGUGCUAUACGGAGAUUGAUCAACACGAUUUGAGGAUUUCGAGACGAAAAGUGCAUCAUCCACAAAGAAUACAGGAGAGGUCGCUCCGUACGCCCGCAAGAUCAGUACCAGAUCAUUCGCUUUAUAUGGAGACCCGUGGACGGGAGAACAUUAGAGGAUGUAGCUCGAGCCAAGAUGAACAGAGGCAAGAUAAAGAAGAGUCCCCAAGUAAGAGAAAAGAUUUCGUAGUUCGUCAAGAGAGCCUGAUGGUUUACACCUAUCUAAUUCUAAAGAAUCAAAGAAUGUAGAUUCUACCAACUCUGUAUUAGAUAAGUUUCUAUCGAUUUUGCAAUCGGUCAAGGGUUCAGACAAGUCAAAUUUAACUUUUAAUGUUAACAUUGUUCCCGAAUUUGAUCCCAUGUCAAAGGAACAAACUGUCCUAACAUGGCUAACAAAGGUAGAAGAAUGUGCAGAUAUUUACGGCUGGGGAGAUAGGGAAAUGAUUCAUUAUGCUCUUCCAAAGUUGAGUGGUGUCGCCAAGUCUUGGUACCAAAGUUUACCAACAAUGUUGUUUACGUGGGCGGAAUGGAAGAGGAAACUAAUUGAAUCCUUCCCUGUCCGCGAAGACUACGCUGAACUCUUGACUGAAAUGCUCUCUAAAAAGGUAAA